AUGGUCCGCUUCAUAACAGACCCCAGAACAGCCCCAACCCCAGCCCCCAAAACAACCCUUAGAGUAAUAGGCGCUGGCCUCCCACGAACAGCAACAUCAUCCCUGCAAGCCGCCCUAGAGACCCUAGGCUACAACCCCUGCCUACACAUGGCACAAAUUAUCCCACACGCAGACAGGCAACAACUCUUAAUAUCAGCAACGCACGAAAAAGACAAAGCAAAACGGCAAAAAUUGCUACACGGGCUAACCGCCGGCUACGAAGCCGUCUGCGACAUGCCCGCCAUAUUUUUCCUACCCGAUCUCAUGGACAUGUACCCAGACGCAAAGGUCAUCCUGACGACACGUCCAGACGCACAGACCUGGGCGGAGAGUUGUUAUACAAGUCUUGGGUUCUUCUUUUCGCGGACUUUCCUUGCUGUGGGAUUCCUUUGGAAGACGGAUCGGUUGUGGUAUGCUCUUAAUAUGAGGAUUGUAGAGUGGGUUCGGGAGAGGUUUGGGGAGGGGGAUAUAUUUACUGCUAGGUUUUAUGAUUUGUAUAAUGAGUCUGUGAGGGAUGAUGUUAAGGGGAAGGGCAGGGAGGUUUUGGAGUUUCGGGCUGAGGAUGGGUGGGGGCCUCUUUGUGGAUUCUUGGGUGUUGGGGUUCCUGCCGGUGCUUUUCCCAGGGUUAAUGAGAGGAAGACAUUCCAGAUUAUUAAGGGGAUUUUGGUUGCGAAGGGGUUGGUUAGUUGGGCAGUGCUUGGGAGUUUGGGUUGGGCUGGGUGGUGGUAUAUUUCGUGGUUGAUGGGAUGA